AUAAAUAUGUACCUAACCUAAGUACGCAUGCACUGAAGGCAGUGAUAAUAUCUACGAAAAUAGGCAUGUUCCUACCACAAUUGAUGUAGAUGGGCCUGUUACCUCCCUGUUUUGUGUCUAGUCCUUUACCGCCGUACUCAAAGUUAUUUAAUGGCUACUAAACCCAGUCCAGGAACUCAAUGGUCUAUUGGAUACAAAGGGUAUGUCUUUUCCAGAUGUCGCCUACAUCGGUUCACUGAAUUCAGAACACUAUGAACUGUCAAUGCUGUUCCUCCAACAUGGCAAGCACGUGCUCUGUGAGAAACCGUUUUGUCUGAAUGCCAAACAAACGCGCAGUGUUAUCAACUUUGCGAGGAAAAACAAUCUGUUUGUGAUGGAAGCUGUGUGGACCCGAUUCUCUCCAGCAUAUGCAGACUUGGAGAAAGACAUCCAGAAUGGAAAACUUGGCGAUGUCCUGUUCAUUGAAGCUGAUUUUGGAAUUGUCAGUCCAAACGAUAGGAGUACGCAUAUAAAAGAAUUCGGAGGAGGCGCUAUGUUAGAUGUUGGUGUGUAUGUACUCCAACUGCCACAGUUUGUAUGGAAGGAAGAACCAAAGAAGGUGACAACAGUCGGUAGCCUCUACGACUCCGGAGUGGAUUUGACAGAGACUAUCAUCCUAGAAUAUGAAGGUGGCAGGCGAGCUGUGCUCAAUAUUCAUACUCAACUGGAGAUGUGGAAUAAAGCGACUAUUUACGGCACAAAGGGGCAUGUUACGUUGGAGCAGCCUUUCCAUUUUCCUCACAAAGUGAUUGAUAAAGAUGGCAAAAUUAAGAAUUAUGAAUUACAUUCUUCGAACCUUCCGUACAACUUCACAAAUAGUCCCGGAUUGGUCUACCAGGCUCUAGAAGUUGCUAGAUGUAUUAAAGCAGGACUUAUCGAAUCUCCUCGUAUGACACAUCAGGAAAGCAUCAACUUAGCAGUCCUUGAAGACACUGUGCGAAAACAAUUGGGCGUCCACUUCGAGGCUGAUGACAAGGAAUACCCCUGAAGUUCUUCGCAAAUAGGAAAUUAGACCCUAAUCAUAAGUACGAAAUAUUAAAGCCAGCAAGUAUGCUGGCUUGGCUUGGCUAGUAUUUAUGUAGAAAUAAGUUAUACUGUUACAUAAUGCACGAAUUUAAAUGGGUCUCACCUGCGUAUGUAGAAUGCGUAUGCGUAUAAUGCGUAUGUAGAAUGCGGGCUAUAAAAUGUACAAAGUUCACAUAUUGUUUUGUUCGAAAUACAUUAUCUUGAAAGUAGUUCUUUAUUUCUUGUCUCGUUUAUUGUCUAUUAAUAAUAUAAUUUUGUUUAUUAAUAAUGUUACUUUUGUACAUUAAAAUUCUGUUAAAUGAAGUAUUUUUAUUUAAAUACGGCUA